UCUACCGGUAGUUCCGUGUUCUUUUGCUCCUGUUAUGAUUUCAAAUAUUUCGCAUGAACUUCUACAUCCGUUAACAGUGCACGUGAUGUGAUUAAAGAUUGUGAUUAAAGAGAUGCAGAUCUGCUGGGAAUCUUUUCUCCAGAGAGACAGAUGGGAAUCUCAACCCUGCCAGUGUGGGAGAUCACCGUUUACUGGGUUUGCUGGCUGUCUGCCGUGGUUUACAUUACUGAGAAUACAAUCUUAGCCUCAAUUGAAUUUAGAAAAUACCUCAGUCCUUAUGACAUUAGAAAAGGAUGGACUGUUUUGGGGACCACACUUUACAAGGAUGUCUCCAAUUUUGAGUGGGAAUUUUGGUUCAGUGCCUGGGGUUGGAUAGUGCUACCAUGUUACAUUGGCCAUGGCAUAAUAGGGAGUUUGGUGAACUGGAAAUGUCGGAAUCUGAGGAAGCAGUUUUUUGUCCUGUACACUGUGGGUGUGGUGUGGUAUGUGAUGGGAUUGAAGCAGCUGCUGAUUCUGCUGCUGCACUGUGCUAUCAGUUUCGUAACAGCCAUGUCAGGGAGUUCUGUACUUGUGUGGAUAGUAUGCCUCUUGUUGUUGGCCACUCUCAAUCAUGAAGUUACUGUGCAGUGGCUGAGACUGGCAGUGGAUGAUGAUGUCUUAGAAACAAAGUAUUACCUCUUUGUCUUCACAAUUGCCAUGACAAACUUAAGGUACAUCAGCUUCUGUCUUGAGAAAGCCAAAAGCAUCCAGUUUAUAAAAAGUCAAGAAAUGAUAACAGGAGAAAGUGUCCAGAAACAGAAGAUGCCUCACAGGGAAGAUGCUGCUUUGAGAGCUGUGGCCCAGAACUGUAACUUCAUGGACAUGAUGACUUACGUUUUUUAUUUCCCACUUUUUUUCACGGGACCAAUUUUGACCUAUGACAAGUUUCUAGAACAGGUUAACAGGCCUCCUCAACCAUGGACAAAACCACGCAUUACCCAUCUUGCUCUGGAUUUUGUUAGAAUUACAUGGUGGCUGGGUUUCAAUUACCUGCUGCUGCAUGUCGUUCACCUCAGUGCCAUACAACUCCAGUUGGACCUCCUGUCCAGUUUACCACUGUGGACCCUCGGGGGUGUGGCAUUUUGGAACUUUCAAUUUUUCCAGACAAAAUAUGUGGUGAUGUUUGGGUUGCCCAGUUGUUUUGCAAAGCUUGACCAGAUGGAGCCACCAGCGGGGCCAAUAUGCAUCUCACAUCUUUAUCUUUUCAGUACAAUGUGGCAACAAUUUGACAGGGGACUAUAUCAGCAUUUAAAGAGGCAUAUUUACAUUCCUCUUGGUGGAUCCAGGCAUGGUUUAUUUUCUCAGCUCUUGGCCACAGCUGCCUGCUUCAUUUUUGUGUACUACUGGCACGGGAAUGAGGUAUACCUGGCUUGGUGGAGUAUCUUGAAUUUCACAGGGGUAGUGAUGGAAGUGAUUGGAAGGAAGACGAUUACUUCUGAAGCUGUUCAAAGGAUGAUGAAGAAGCAUUGGUCUCCCAGUUGGCAGAGGAGGUUUCUUGCAGCAUUGCUGGUUCCUAACUUCAUCUUCUGCAGUAUGGCCAGCUUGGUGUUUGUAGGUGGCAGCGAUGCAGGCAAAAUAUACUUCAGAAGGCUCAUUUUUGGUGAUUGGCCAACUUCCGCUUUUAUGCUGUCUGCUGUUGUCUACUGUAUUAUACAAGUAGCAAUUGAAAUUGAUUCUAAAUCAGUUAAGAAAGAUAAAGAGACCUGAUGGUUUGGGUGGUCAUUUGAUAAAGUAGUGUUUCACAAUACAUAAUUGGUGAAGAAGACACAUCAGGGUAAAUGACUGGCAGACAAUAUGAUCUGUUUUUAUAAUGGUGCUUAUCUUUUGUAUUUCUCUCAGCAGAGCAAGGGUUGUUAUUAAGUACAUUCACUUAUAGCUUUUAUGGUGUCUAUGUAUGCAUGCUCAGACUGACAGGUGACUAGUGUUUUACCUUCUAGAGAUAUUAUACUCAUACAGCUGAGUUUUGGCAAUCGUUUCCGAAUUUUUUGGAGCCAACACUUCAGUUAUUCCUCAUAAACUGCUUCAUGAACUUGGAAAUGAAUGUUUUUAAUUAUUGUUGCUAUGUUUUGACUACAAGAACAGAGAAGCAAGAACAUUUCUCUGAAGAACUUUAUCUUUUACUUUAAAGUUUUUUUUUUUGCUUUAACAUCUAGUGAAGCAUAAUCAAAAUAGUUAUUUUCACGAAACUUUAUUGUAAAUAAGUCUUUUCAAAUGUACACAUUUCAUAAAAUGAAAUAAAAAUUCAUUUAAAAAAACAGUCAUUACAAAGAUGCAGCUAGUCAUGGUGCCAUUGCAUCACUCGUCAGGAAAGAUCAUUACAAAAUAUUAAACACUUCUUGUAUUUACUAAUUUCAGAUUGUAUGUUUUUUUUACUCAAUUCAUGCUGAAAAACUGUUUUCCAAAUAUGCACCAAUUAAACUUAGACACUGUCGCCUAUUUAAGUAGAAAUUCUCUUUAAAAAAGCUAUUCUUGCAUGAUAUAUCUGAUAAAAACUUGGCAACUUAAUUACUAUUCAUCAUUAUUUGAAUGCUUUGCCAAGAAUAAUCAACCAAAACUUGGACAUAAUAACAAAUUCGUUAUUAUGUCCAAGACCAAAAGAACCGAAAUGUGCUUUCAAACAAGUCCUUAAAAUAGAAUGUUAGUUUACAAAAGCGAUCAGUUUUUGGUACCUUGAUAAGUGAAUUGAUAAACGUCUAUUUGAACUGCAUGACAUGGGGUUUCAAUCUCUUUCCAAAA